ACAUUGUUUGUAUGUACACUUGUGCUGCAUUGGAAAAAAUUAGCGCACGAUUGUAAUAAUAAAAAAAAGUGCAGCUACAACAACUGGGCGGCCACGUUUAAUUAAAAGUAGAAAAAAAUGCAUGAAUGUGUUUCGCCAGCAGCAUAAUCGAAGCGCAUAAGAAGUUAUUUAUAGCGCCCGACGGAGCAAAUCAUAGAGACUCGGGCACGCCCACCUACGCAAACGGCAGACGAAAAAUGUCGCGCAGCAAGUCUCGAUUGCAGACUGAAGUCUGUGGAGAUUGUGGAGCAACGGAUCCCUCCUGGGCCUCCAUAAAUCGUGGCAUUCUGCUCUGCGCCGACUGCUGCUCGGUGCACCGCAGCUUGGGUCGUCACAUUUCGAUUGUAAAGUCGCUGCGCCAAGGCAACUGGGAGCCAUCUUUGCUGAAUUUCGUCAAUUCUCUGAAUGCUCAUGGCGCGAACAGUGUGUGGGAACAUCAUUUGCUGGAUGGCAGCACGAAUUCGUCGGGCGGCAAGCACUUGCCACGCUGGCGCAAGCCAACGCCCAAGGAUCCACUGCAUCCGACCAAGUCGGACUUCAUCAAGGCCAAGCAUGUGAAUCUGAACUUUGUGCUGAAGCCCAGUCUGCAGGACGACGACGACUCCAGCAGCGGGGGCAGCAAUCUGGAACAGGAGCUUAGUCGACAGCUGCAUGCGAGCGUGCGCACCAGCAACCUGGAGACCUCGUUGCGUUUCCUUGUGCAGGGCGCCGAUCCCAAUUACUAUCACGAGGAGAAGUGCUCGACGCCAUUGCACAUGGCAGCCAAGUUUGGCCAGGCCUCCCAGAUCGAAAUGCUGCUCAUCUAUGGCGCCGAUGUGAAUGCCUUGGAUGGCAACGGCAUGACGCCCUUGGAGCUGGCCAAGGCCAACAAUCAUAGCACCAUAGCUGAACGUUUGCUGGAUGCCAUGUACGAUGUGACAGAUAGACUCAUUAUGUUCAUGGGUGGCAAGAAACCCGAUCAUGCUAGCGGUCGCCACUUGGUCAUACCGGAGACAAACGGUGCCGAAAUAAGCGAGCAAUUGAAAAUAGCUCGCGGCAAGCUGCAGCUGGUGCCGAAUAAAAUGUUCGAGGAGCUUGUCAUGGAUCUGUACGACGAGGUGGACAGACGCGAAUGUGAAGCCAUCUGGUCCACUAGCACGCUCAAUGCAGAGCAUGCAACGGUGCCAUUUUUGCCAGCAAACCCAUUUUUAAGCGCCACGCGCAAUCAGGGUCGCCAGAAGCUUGCACGCUUCAAUCGUGCCGAAUUCAAUGGUCUGCUCACUGAUGUGCUCAUCGAUGCGCUACGUCGCCAGAAUAUGGCCAAUCUGCGUCCGUUGGACGCGCCGCUGCCAACGCAGUCGCUGCAAUUGUUGCCCUAUCACGGCAACAAUUCGACCAUGUACAGCAGCUCGUUUGAGCAGAGCAUUCAUGAUCCAAAUCUAUCUGAUGACGAGCCCAUCUACGAUCCGGUGGCCAGCGAUGAUGACUAUGCGCCGGUGCCGCCAAUGGCCCAGCAGGCCAUUGUGCACAGUCCGCCGCGCAAUGAAAACUCACAGAACGAAAUGGAAACGCUGCGCAAGCAGAUCAACGAAUAUAAAUCCGAGAUCAAUCAAUUGAAGAACGUGGUGCAGCAGCUCUCCAGCGAGAAUACGCAGCUCAAAUGCAAGUUCAAUAGCGCCUCCAACAACAGCGUCUACGAUGAGCCACUUCGCAUUGAUUUGAGUCUCAACAGUCCCGACUCGGAGCAUGAACCGCUCUCGCUACCCGAGGGCUCCUCAACUGCUGCUGCUGCUGCAGCUGUGGACAGCAGCUCAUCGAACGGUUCAUCGAAUCAGUCGACUAUCAAACGACCCGCCAGCAUGUAUGAGCGUCGCUUGGCCAACAACUUGGCCAAGGGCAACAGCGACGUGCGCAACACCACGAGCAUGUAUCAAAUGGCCGGCGAUGGCAAACCUUUCGGUGAGGAGGUUAAGUUACGUUCCGAUCUAGUUACACGCUGUCUCAAGGAACUCAUACAAGCCAUGCACCCGGCCACGGAGGCGGAGAAGCAAUCUAUAGCGCCGCAUGGCGAACGCAUACGCAGCGCCGUCACUGACCUAAUAGCGCUCUAUGCUAAUUUACCCCCGAAUGCCAGCGAACUGACACGCGAGACUCUUAAACAGCUGACGCGCAACAAUAUACUCAUCCAGCACGAGUGCGAGAAUCUGCAGAAGUCGAUCGAGGCCGAGGAUCAGCAGGGCAUACACAAAAACAUGCUGGAGGUGCGCGAUUGCGCCUUCCACAUAGCCAGCGCCAUUAAAACGCUCGUGCUGCAGUUCUACUGAAUGAC